UCUUCAUUUCAACACAGUAAGUGAGUUAGACGUGGACUGAGAGGUCGACUUUUAAAAGAGACCGAAGCAGAGUGAGCUGAAAUAUCAUAGUCAUCUUCAGAGAAGAGCAAAAGGAUCAACUUAAAGGACUUCAUGGCAACUUACAGUAAUGGAGGAUUCUUCAACCCUGCUUACCAUGACAGUGAUACGCUGGAAAUUGAUAGAAGGUCUUCUAGCAAAACCAACCACAUAAAUCCAUACGCCAGGGAGGGUCCAGCCUUGUCGGGUGAGAGACUGGAGUUGAGACAUGAUGCUGCACUGGGAGCACCUCGAGGUGGAUGGGAGGAUGCAAGCGGGAGAGGAAGAGAGAGCAUCCCCAUGGACCUCAUCACCACACGCCCAGGGAGUCCUUCGUGGCAGCAUAACCUCGAUCAGAGCACAUUACAGAUCGACCCCGACUCCCAGCAUGAUCAAUUACCAUCUGUUCGACUUCCUUCCUCAAUGACAGGCAACAUGACUAUGAGAUGGAGAGGAAUAUCAAUGAGGAGGAUGAGUAUGUUCCCUAAUGCAGAUCCUGCCCGUGCAGCUUUCACAGAGGUUGCAAUCAGGAGUGAAAUGGAAAAUGAGGAACAACAGUUGGUCAAGGAACUUGUUGCUUUGUCAACACGGGACCAAAUCCAGGCCAUCCGUGACCUUCCGAUGAGUUUUGAAGCAAAGAAACAUAUCAGGAGCCAAGUACAGGCAUUCAUGUCCUCCAAAAGAUCUCGCCAGUUCACAUGUUUUACAGAAUGCUCUGAAAAUGUAUCACUGUUUUUACGAAGGUGCGGUUACAGUGUAAGAUCAACCAGGCAGACCCUGGAACUGUGGCAUGGCACCAUGAAAGACAUUGGUGGGAAGUUUGGCUCCAGUGUUCUCACCUACUUUGUGUUUCUCAAGUGGCUUCUGUUUUUCAACAUUUUCUCCUUCCUGGUCAACUUUGGCUUCAUCACCAUACCGUUGCUUGUGCACAACCCGUUACCAAAUAUACCUUCAGAUGUAAGCUUCAGAGGACUGGAGCUACUAACUGGAGUUGGCUACUUCAACUAUACUGUCAUGUACUAUGGUGGCUACAGCAAUGAAACUCUUGGGGGUCUGAUGGAAUACGACAUGCAACUGGCCUAUUUCUUCACCAUUGUAGUCUAUAUGUUGCUGUGUGGAGUCACACUUAUUUUCAGCAUGGCAAGCUCAUUUAAGAAAAACUAUGUACUGGUAGAUCCAGCUUCGCACAGCUCAUGGCAGCUUCUAUGCAGCUGGGAUUUCAGUGUUACCAAUGAGAAAGCAGUAAGACAGCGCAAGAGCAACCUCGGUGUCCAACUCAAGGAGUCUUUAUCAGAUAAAGCCCAGAGAGAACAGCUGACGUGUUCUAAAAAACUGAGCUACUUUGGGGUUCAUUUGGGCGCCUGGGUUCUCUCCACUAGCUUGGCUGUUGGCUGUGGAGCCAGCAUAUUCUAUCUCUGCCAGUAUGAAGAGCAGAGGACAUCAGACAGUGCCAGCUGGUCUCUGCAACAGGAAGCAGAAACUCUUCUCAUUCCCUUUGUGGUGUCUCUGAUGAACCUGGUCAUUCCACUCUUGUAUUCCCUCUUCAACAAUUUUGAACACUACUCCAGCCAGCGCAGGCAGAUUUAUGCCCUGGUCGGCAGAAACGUCUACCUCAGGAUGUCCAUUCUGGGUGCUUUGUGUUACUAUUGGAUGAAUGUGAUGCCUCAGAAAUAUUCGUGCUGGGAGUCCAUGGUGGGGCAGGCUUUGUACCGCCUGGUCAUUGUUGAUUUCCUUUUUCUGAUGUUGGGAUCCUUCAUUGGAGAGUUUCUUCACAAUGUGAUUGGGACCACAAUACAACCACGUCUUGGGUUGCCAGAGUUUGAUAUAGCCAGAAAUGUUCUUGAACUUAUCUACGCACAGACUCUGGCCUGGAUUGGAAUCUACUUCUCUCCUCUGCUACCAGCCAUCCAGAUUCUCAAAUUCUUCAUCUUGUUUUACUUAAAAAAGGUCAGCCUGACCCGGAACUGCCAACCUCCACGGCGAUCAGGCAGGGCAGCUCAGAUGCAAACAAUCUUCAUCUUUCUCCUCUUCUUCCCUUUCUUUGUGGGAGCCCUGUCAAUUGUUGCAUUCACUGCCUGGAGUCUGACUCCUUCAGAGCAGUGUGGUCCUUUUCGGGGACUCAACAACACCUUCAGUGUGGUCGGAGUCUGGAUAGAUCAUCUUGAAAAUAUUCCAGGUUCUCAGUGGGUGGUGUGGAUCUACCAAAAUGUCAUCAGGAGUGAAAUCUUCUACUUUCUUAUCACAAUCAUCAUCCUUGUCAUCAUAUACAUCUUCUGGCAAAUCACUCAUGGUCGCAAAAAGCUUAUUCUCCUCCUGAGGCAGCAGAUUGUUAAUGAGGAGAAAGAUAAGUCCUUCUUGUUAGACAAGCUACAGAACCUCCAGAAAUCUCACCCUAAGUAUCCCAAGCAGACAAAACAAAGAGUGCACACAAAUUCACAGUCUAAUGACCACUCUUCAGGGGGUCAGUCCACCUCAAAUGCCAUGAUCCAGGCUUUACUGGCUCGCCAACAGUUUGAGGAAGAGGAGGAGAGAUUCAGCAUCAGUGGAGUGCCUGGUCCCUCUGACAUUUCCACUUCCAGCGCUCUGAUGCAGGCCAUGUUGGCUCGUCAGAGAGCUGAAAGAGAAAAUGAAGAGUUUCACCAGCGGCCUGAGGAACACCCUUUAUCCCACAGUGCCUUUGCACAGGCCAUGGCAGCCAGGCAGAGUGCUGAGGGUGAAGAGAGGAAUGAAUACUAUAGUACAACAAAUUUCUCUGAAAACAGAUCCAGUGCUGUCACACAGGCCAUGCAGGCCAGACUAAAAGCAGAGAAGGAUGGAGAAAAUGAUUCAUAUGACCUACCAUCACCAGUGUCGAGCACCGUGAUUCAAGUCAUGGAAGCCAGGCGGAAAGCAGAACAAGAGGAUGGGAUCCAGUGGGUCUCUGCUCCAUCACAAACCCAAGCUCCACCUCAAUCCAGCGCUCUCAUCCAGGCCAUGUUGGCCCGGCAGCAGGCACAAAAUGAAUAUGAUGAUGGUUAUUGAAGAGAGGGGGAUGUUUUAGACUGAAAUCAAACUUUGUCACUUAUAGUUAAUUUGCAUUGUUCAAAUAUGUGUUUUUUCUGACUGCACACGUUUAGUUCUGCUGUACAUACAAAAGAGAUAAGAAUUGCAUUAACAAGGAGAUAAGAGAGUGCUGGUACACCUCUUUAACAAUCUUUUAUAUAUCUAAUUUUAUAUUAUUUUUCUAUUGUGUAGAAACUUUAUAAGUUUACUAAUUAAAAGGCUUCUUUCAUGUAAAAUCAGUUUAAACACUGUAUAGAAAAAUAAUUGAAUGCUGCGUUGUCGACGUUAAUAAAUUAAAAUGAAGUCAGACAUCGUCUCAGAGGCUUAGUUGCAACCUGUCACUGAUACUUUUCAGGAAAAGGAAAAAAAAGAAAUACAGACAACAAAACUAUGUAAUCUCUGUAAAACGUUAAUAGAUAGAAAAUGUUACAAAAACACACAUGAAAUAUUCUUUACCAAUAACGAAUGGGACUGUGAUUUCGCAAACAUGUUCUGAUGAGGCAAUGCUGCCCUCUGCUGACAUUAUGUUUCACAUUUUGAGUCUUUUCCCUCCCCAGUCCUCCUGUCUGCGACCCAUCCAUUAUUUCCAGCUAAAUAUUUUAAAAGAGCAUCUUCAUAAUUAUUAAAAUGCAUCUGAAUGAGAG